ACAGAUAAGUGUCCGAUAAGUGUUGGACAGUCGACUGUAUAAAAGCGUUAAUUGAAAUUCGAUGGGCCUGUAGUUGCUGUUUGAUUAGCGAAAAUGAAAUCGGUUGUUGCUCUGCUGUGUCUGGUGGCUCUCGCAGCCGCUGCACCUCGCUCGGUGCAAACCAAGUAUGGUUUCCCCAAUGGACGUGUCGUUGGUGGUAUCGAUGCGCUGCCGGGUGAGUUUCCGUCGAUCGUGUCGAUCCAGCGUGUGCUGCUCGUGGUCACUGCUCACAUUUGCGGUGGAAGCGUCCUGAGCAACUUCUGGAUUCUGACCGCUGCCCACUGCAUCACCGAAAACCCUGCUACGGCCAGCUUCCAGAUUUGGGCCGGUACCCACGAUACGGCCAUCAGUGAGCCGUCUCGCCAGGUGAUCAACGUCGCCAGCAGCACUGUGCAUCCGGACUAUCUAGGAGGCGUUAACCCGAGCGAUAUCGCCGUUAUGCGUCUGGUUUCUCCCCUUACCUUCACCGACCGCGUUCAACCGAUUGUGCUGCCGACGCCCGGAAGCAUCCCGACCGGUCCAGCAACCCUUGCCGGCUGGGGUUCAACCGGUGGAACCAUCCCGACUCUGCCCAACAUUCUGCAGAAAGUCACGAAGCCACUGAUCACCUACGCCGAGUGCCUUGCCGCCGCUGGUGUCGACUCUCCGCUGGGACCGACCAACAUCUGCACUGGCCCGCUGACCGGUGGAGUGUCCGCCUGCUCCGGCGACUCCGGUGGCCCGCUGUACUCGAUCCAGAAUGGACAGCAGGUGCAGAUCGGUAUCGUUUCGUGGGGCUGGAUCCCGUGCGGAACCGUCGGUUUCCCGUCGGUCUAUGUCGGUGUGUCGCACUACAUGGACUGGAUCGAAAACAACACCAACUAAACGGAUCGCUAGCGCAUAACAAAUAAACAUAGCAAUAACAAUAAAACGAAUCGCAAUGGAAACUA